AUGGACACGGGCAGCGUCCCGGUCUUUGUCAACGACUUUGUCGCCCCGAUCCUCGUCGCCAGCUUCUUGUCGUGCUGCGCUGCCGGUGGCGUUCUCGCUCUCAUCGUCGCCUACGCCCGGCGCUUCGGCAAGAGCGACCGCCUCGCCUUUCGGCUCCUCGUCGCAGCUUUCACUGUCCUGUUACUUGCCGAUACCGCCAACGAGUGCUCUUGGACCUGGCGUUAUGCCGUCCAGUGCCAGCUCGACCCGUCGAUCCUCGUCCUCCUGCCGCCUCAGUUCAUUGUGUACAGCGCCGUGACCGGCGUGUCGAUCCUCCUCGUGCAGGGCUUCUUCACGUGGCGCAUCUGGAUCAUCUCGGGCAAGAAGAACUUCAUCUUUCCGGGCAUCAUCGCCGUCCUCGAGCUGUCGGCGUUCGGCAUCGCGCUAUACAUGAUCUACGAGGCAUCGCAGCGCAAGCUGUUCCGCGAGUUUGGCCAGGUGAGGGGUGCGCCGUGGGCUUGGCUCGCUCUCGGACUACUCGUCGACAUCCUUAUCACCGGGGCGACGUUCUACUACCUCCUGUUCAAGCCUCGCAAGAACGGCGCGACGGUCAAGGACGCCGUCGUGCACUCGCCCAUGACUCGCGUCGUCAUGCUCACGGCCAGGACCAACGCCUUCUCGCUCCUGAUGCAGGUCCUCACCCUGUGGCUCAUGGUCUGGCGCAUCACGACGUUCCAUUACUCGAUCACCGGAUUCCUCGAGGUCAAGAUCUACAUCUCUUCGGUCCUCGUCACGCUCAACUCUCGCCGCUCGACGAGCGACACCUCGGCCGAGUUCUCCGACGCGCCGGGCACGUCGCGCUUCUCGCGAGCGUCCAAGGCGUUUGGCGGCCGCUCGACGGCGUCGCGCUCGCAGCACCAGUCGGUGCAGGUGCACAUCGAGGAGGAGACGCACGUCGACGACUCGAGCAUCGGUGGGCUCGCUCACGGUGGCGCGCAGCCCGGCGUCAGGCCGUUCGCCGUCAAGUUCGAGUCGGCGAGGACGGACUCGUCCGGGUGGACCGGCGGCGAGAAGGGCGACGUCGAGCUGGGCAGGCUCGACAGUGUGCACCUCUCGGAGAAGUACUGA